UUUAGUAUCUUAGAGUCAUGGGAAGGGUUAAGUUAAAAAUAAAGAGGUUGGAGAACACUGCAAAUAGACAAGUGACAUAUUCUAAAAGAAGAAAUGGAAUUUUGAAAAAAGCUCAAGAACUGUCGAUACUAUGCGACAUAGAAAUUAUACUUCUCAUGUUUUCGCCUACUGGGAAACCAACAUUAUUCCGUGGAGAACGCAGCAAUAUUGAAGAGGUUAUUGGAAAAUUUGCUCAGCUAACGCCCCAAGAAAGGGCGAAAAGGAAGCUUGAGAGCCUUGAAGCACUGAAGAAAACCUUUAAGAAGAUGGAUCAUGAUGUAAAUAUACAGGAGUUUUUGGGUUCAAGGGUUAGAUCAAUUGAGGAAUUAGCCAAUCAAGUAAGGACAUUGAAGGCACAACUAACAGAAGUGCAUAGAAGAUUGAGCUGUUGGAGUAGCCCUGAGAAAGUUGACAAUGUUGAACAUCUUAUGCAGAUGGAAGAUUCCCUAAAGGAAUCACUCAAUCGAAUCCGAAUACAUAGGGAAAAUUUCGCGAAAUUCCCAUUAAUGUCAAUGGAAUCCACAAGCCAAUUCAGGACUGGGAUGUGUAUGCCUUUAACAAUGGCUGGAACAUCAGAAGGCCAACCAUUAUCAUGGCUUCCUUCUAACGAUGAUCAACACAUGACAUUGUUGGUUGAGCCAAAUUUUCUUUCUCAAAGAGAGUUCGGUUGCAGUUCAGAUCCAUCAAUUCAAACAUACUCUGGUUACAUUGAGAAUUGCAGAACCGAGAUAAAGAAUAAUACAAAUGGACAAGUUGAUAACAGGGGACAGGAAUGUGGAUCGCUUGAUGAUGGUUCAUGUUUGAGUAUGUUUAUGAGAGACCAAUUUUCUUACAAUCCUUAUAGUAAUUUAGUUCUACAUGAAACAAAUAAAAUGAAGUCUGAAACUGGGAUUAACUGUCAUAAUAACCACCACCACCCUUUGGAUUUUCACUUUGACGAGAAUUUUGGAUCAACCCAUGGACAACAACAGCCUAUAUUCGACAACAUUCCUCCUACUCAGACUACUUGGAUUCAUCCGCCCGAGCCUUGUCCGAUCUCUAUUUUUGGUCAAAAGUCUUUUGAACAGGCUGGUACCUCACAAUUCUUGUCAUAUUUAUCAAUCUUGCUCUCUCAUAUUUGUUUUUUGUUUUGUUUUUGUUUCAGCAACAGCUUUAACAUCGGAAGAAACCCGUUUGGUGGUAGGUGCAAGGAUAAAGUUGUAUAG